ACAGUACACAACGACGACGCAACUUUUGAUGGGGACGAACGGUUCGUUGCUGUUGCAGUGCUGGAGCAGAUAUGGAGAAAUCAUUGUGCAACAUUAACGUCGGGAACGAGGUAUACUUCUUGAGCACGAGCAUCCCUCCAGCCUCAAGGAAUCAAGACUUUAGCAUUGGUGUGACGCUUAUUGAAGGAAGUUCACUAAAAGCAUGGACAGGAACGUUUGGAGACACAAAAGAAAAUGCAAAGCGCAUUGACCUAGACGAACAGGAGCUGAUUGAUCUAACCCGUAAAGGGCUGACCCGACAAAACAUGGGUGCAAUCAAUUUUGAAUAUCAGAUCAUAUCAUUGAAAAACAAUGUUGAGCUGUCGUGGAAGAAAGUCGUUUCAUCUGUGAAGUUUCAAAUUGGCAAGGUCAUGCUGCAGGCUGUCAGCUCACCGCCUGAGGCCAUCAAAGACAUUCUUCUGCAUUCCAUCCAAACGAUCACGGAGUUGAAGGACUCCAUCUAUCGACUGGAAUCGGAGAAGGAUCGUAUUUCCAAUGAAAGGACACAAGCUCUGAAGCCUCUAGAAAUAAAGCCAGAGCCAGCUCCAAGUCCAAGCCCAAGUCCAGUUCCAGUCCUAACCUCAGUUCCUGUCCUUAGCACAAUGCCAGACCUGAGCACAGUACAAGGCCCACGUACAGUUCCAGGCCCACGUACAGUUCCAGGCCCAAGCACAGUUCCAGGGCUAACCAUAGUUCGAAAUCUAAGUACAGCUCCAGGCCUAAGUGCAGUUCCAGGCCAAAGCACAGUUCCAGGCCCAAGUACAGUUCCAGUGCUAAGCACAGUUCCAGACCUAAGCUCAUUUCCAGGCCCUAGCACAGUUCCAGGCCCAAGUUCAGUUCCAGGCCUAAGAACAGCUCCACGCCUAAGCACAGCUCCCAGCCCAAGUACAGCUCCUAAGAAACUAAUUCAAAGGCAUUCUAAUCGUAUGGCGUGGAAAACUGAAGCCGACUUGCACCUCGUCCGGGAGGUCGUCCUGACCCAGCCCUUCCAGCACAGGGCUAAAACGAAGGAUCGCGGCAACGCCUGGGAGGAAGUCGCGAGAGCCAUGCGGAUCAGAGGUCACAAGGUGGACAAGAGGGCCGUCAGAGACAGGACCAAAUGGAUGAUGGAGAGACAGAGGGAAAAAUCUAUGAAGGAGAAGAUGGAGGGUUGGAUUGAGGUGGAGGAGACGGAGGAGGAGCGGACGAUCCGUCAGAGCGUGGAGACGUUCAUCCAACUAGAAGAGGAAAGAGAGCGUCUAUCGAAGGACAUGGAGGAGGAGCAGGUGCCGGCUCAGACGAUGGAUACUUCAGAGUUGUGGGAGAUGGUGUCCAGCAACCCACACGAUGAAAGGAGAACCCAUGAUGAAGCGACGGAAGUAAGCACGACAUCGACGCAAAGGACGACCAACAAACGUGGAAAGUACAACGUCAUGCCAAAGAGGUUAAAAAAGAAACCAUGGAGGAAAGAAGAAAACUGGCAAAGGGAAGAAGAAAUAACCAGGAGACAGGAAGAACGUAGGAAGGACCGGAGGUUCGAGAUCCUGCAGGAACAGCAGAUGCACCAGCAGCAGCAGUUUCAGAAGCAGCAGCAACGGUUGCAGCAACAGUUUCAGAUGCAACAACAGCAGUAUCAAGAGCAGCAGCAACUGAUGCAGCAGCAGCUGCUCCAGCAGCAACAGAUCAUGCAGCAACAAGUCAACCAAAAUCAGACGUUGAUGAUGGCGGUACUUAACCCUUCGAACCAGAGAGGCCGAAGAAAGCCGACCGCGCAGUGAAGCUGUAGAUACUAUAAAGGCCAGUGUUUCGGCCUGGAGCCAUGUGGCUAGAAGGACAUUGUUGAGGGUGUGCACUUAAAGAAAACCAAAAGCCAUUGUGAGAAUCGAUCUUAUUGGAAACAGUAAUAUGAGAGGAGCACCUUACUACAAGUUUCAUCAAAUCAGUCAUACAAGAGUUACAUGUAUAUGAUUUUGAAAUGAAAUGUCUUGUUAUUUCUAUGGGGAAAUCCUCAAAUUGGCAAACAUCCCUCAAAAUGACUGUUUUGUGGACAACUCUCCAUUUGCUUUAUACACCAAUUGUUAUAUUUUCCUCAUUGUCUUGCUCCCUCCUUGGCGCAACGUGUGUCACGGGGAAGUGUAAUUCAUAUCCCAUAUAUGGCAAGGCCUGUAGGAGAUAAUCAGAAGAUCAUAAGUAUAGAUAAAUGGGAAAACGUGAAAAAUUGAUCU